CUUCAAUUAAACGCUGCAAUGAAAAUGUAGAAAAAGCGUAACGCGCACAGCACGAACGAACGCGAAGAGUGAAAUGAAGAAGGCGACGAAAAAGACCGCGGUGUGUGCGACAGAGACGGCGCCAUCUCCAGCGAAGGAAUUACACAUUUAAAUAUAAAUAGAGGUAUCCAGCUAUCGAGUUCCCACUGUACACACCUCCCUGAGCGGACAUUAAACCGCAAGAGCAGCUCACAAUGGACGCGCUUUGUUGUCGUCGGCGUUAUCAAUUAAAUGUAAAGCGAGCGAGGCGCAGCGCUAACGAAAUGGAAAUGAAAAUGGCAGCCGUGAGAUACGCCACUCACACAGAUACUGCAUACAGAUACUGUAUACCUUGCAUGUGCGUAUGUGUGUGCUGCACACGUUUACAAAAGAUAACCUCGAUCAGCUUGUUUUUUAUGGCUCACACAAUAAGCAUCAUCAACAACAACAACAUCGGCGGCGGCGACUGCAGGAGCACUCGACGUCAUCAGCAGCACAUUGUGUCCUGGCGAAGCGACCCGAAAAAGUCUCCAAGUACGAACCGAAAUCCGGAGUCCUGGGCCAAAGAGACGGAGGCGGAGACGAUGGCCGCAUGCCGAUAAUGUGCGGCCAUAAGGUAAUGAAAAUUUUAUCUGAUUCUGGCAAUAGUUGCACCCUUUCUGCUCCGGCCUUUGAUUUGAUUUCGAAGGAGCAAAGGGAUAGAAGGCAGCUAAGGGUAGAGAUAGAGGAUAGAUGUCCCCGAGCCUCGCAAAUGAUACAAUACUUUGUGGUCAGCAUGUGUGUCCAAAAGGUACGAGUAUUGGUCGCAUUUGAUUGAAAUUUGAAUUGCCAAACCCCCCUGUCGCACAAAAGGAUUCGCAUUCGAGUGGGUGUGUGCAUACUUUUAGGGGCAAUCGUUGAGUACGUGCUGCGGCGACAAUAACAAAAAUGAGUCCGCAACUGAAACUGAAACUGAAAAUACGAAAAUCCGAGAUGCGCAGAACGACAAUAAGACCGAGCACUAUUUCAUUUUAGAUUUUAAUCAAUUCCGUUUGAUGUGACACGUUUGUGGGCCGCCUUCAGUGCCCCGUCCCCAAAAAUCUCCCUUCCCCGCAAGGAAUCUGCAACAUAUGCAGGCAAUCCGCAACACUUGCCGCCUAAUGAAGGUACAAUCCAUCCACUUUGGAACCCAUCAAAUCGGGAUUGGCUUCAUUAUAUCCAUUAUUGUUCAUAUUUCGCAUUGGAUAACGUUUAGAACAUUUCGUUUUACAGCGAAAUAACUAUUUGGGGGCAAAUUGCUGUUCUAUAAGGUUCAAUGGUCUACAUAAUCGAUUUUAUAUUAUUUUAAUACAUUUGUGUAUCUAUGAAAUAGAAUCGUUAAGACUCUUGUCCCCCUGGUAACUCAAUAUACAGUUUGAAAGUCUCGGAAGGCUUUGUAAAUUUAAUUUCGAGUUCAUAGAUCACACAGAAUUAUUAAGAGCCCAGCUGAGUUCGCAAUUUCGUUUUGGGCACAAAAAACACCAACUAAACAAAUGUCAACCAAUAACCAGGCAAUUAUCUGCACCAUCAUCCCCUGAAACCCAAGUAGAUCCCAUAAGAAAGCCCAUAAAUAACAACUAAACAAGCCAAUUGAGCAGAAAUCGACUCUUUUUCCAUCGCCUCCCCCAAAAGGGAGCCUCAAUAAAUUCCGGGCACACACCUGCAACUUCCUAAGGACAAACGCUGCAAUUAUCGUGGCAGAGGUCCUGCCCGACGAGAGCAGCAAAUCCAAUAAACUUCACAAUCGAACAGCACAUAAAUAUUAAACGAUGAUUGAGCUGCAACCCACACAGUCCACAGUCCGCCAUCCGCAGUCCGCAGGCAAACAAGUAAAAGCUUAGGGAAAAAUUACAAUUUAUUGGACAUUUCCGGUCAGUGACAAAAGUGGACAGUGCAAGAUUUAUGCCCUCGACGAUUUGCUGGCCCGGGAUUUAUUGAGGGAAGUUAGCCCCAGUUAAUACCUGAACACUUAAGGUUAAGUGGACACAAGCGGCCGCAUUUAAAGCCACUUUAAGGACUCUUUGCUCUGUGGAAAGGACGAAAGGAUGUGGCCAACUCGAUUAUUAUGCAGGCACCUCAAUUGCAUUUUGCAGUUACUCAAAUUUGCAUAUCAUUCCACUCCGAAAACUAAACUGAAACUAAAUAAAUGCCAAAACAAACCGAAAACUUUCCCUGGGGCCGCACAGCUAACUUUAUUAUGAGAUCAGGCGGUCUGAGGUUGGGUUGGAUAUUACGUAUCUGUGGCUCUCUGGCCAUCGCUCAGAAAAAGUAAAGCGCUCUGAUUCCGGAUUCUAUG